GCUUGGCAGUCGAUGAGUUUAGUAAACUUAUUGCAGAGAUAUCCGUUUCCAGCAGAGAUGAAGCUUUGUUUAAAGAAAUAACAGCAUGUACGUGGCAGAAGGAGAAAAAGUCCCAGACGGUUGUAUCCUUUGUGAUCAUGUUUAAUGUUUACUCUUUACUCUUAUGGUUCACAGCUGGUGUUCGGUGGAAUUAUUUGGUUACCAAUAGCUACCGUCUUUCUCCCGUGGAGCCCUUUGAAAAAGAAGUGUACAGCACGCGAUUUCUAAUCGAGGACAUAAAUAAUCGGUCAUUCGUGAUCAUAAAUUCGCAUCAUGGUUGCUUUACUUGUUCGUAGAUCUUACGCUAGAAUAUCAUAGCGUAUGAUUGAAAAGGCCCUUUGAACGACUUUUUAGAUCGCGAGGUGUACUGAGAUUUAUGUUAAUGAACGGAUCGUAUAGUUCACGGUAUAGUUUUAUCCAUUACACGCAAGGAUGAAAAGAUAAAAAAAGGAGUACCGUCAGAUUGGAAAGGUCUUCUGUUGUCCUAGUCAGCUUCCAUUAUGUCGAACGAAGCGUAAAAAUAAGAGCGGUAGUGACGGUAAAGUGCUGCGCGCGCGAAGGAACACAACGGAGUGUAAACGUCUGUCGGAAAUUCUUACAUCAUAAUGAGUUUCUGCACGUACUGUACAUUGUGCAUGUGCAUAGUGUGUAUGCUUGGAAACUACAGUAUCAUCAGUAAAAAUCCUAGGAAAAUUCGUUUGAAUUUUUGACAUUUUGGAAAAAGGAAGAACAACCAGCAUCAAAAGGGUAAGGGUGGGGGGGGGGGGAGGAGAGGGGGUGUACAGGUAAUUGUUGCAUGAAGCUGGAAUCUUUCGCGUAAUAAGCUUAACUUAGAAAUCAGUUUUUUUAACUGGGGCUAUAAGUCCUUGAGAAAAAAUUGAACAACUCAAAAAGCAAAAGGGCAGCCAAUAAUCUCAGUUGUACAUAUGUGGGUUACAGUUGGGUGGGGGGUUUCAUCUUUAGCAGUAAUUAUGUUAAAGACAUUUCUUAAGGAAAUAUGUAAUACUUGAAAUGUAGUCAUGUCAAUUUUCUGUGAAUUUUGGUUCUCACUCUGAAAAUAAAAACAAUUAAAUUUUUUAGAUAUAUUCACUAUUUGCAUUAUUGCUGGUGAGUUACAUUGGUUUUAUAUACUAGAUUGAUAAUGAAAAUUGGCCACUGUGAAAUAUUCCUAAGCUGAUGUUUUGAGCAAGAAUCCUUUUGUCAUUUACUCUGAUGAAAGGUUAUGUUUGAAACAUCAGCUUAAGAAACUCUUUAAGAUGGCCAAUUUACAAUAACAACUCAGUAUUAUCUUGUAGUAGCUCCACCACCAAUUUACCAUAGUUUAUUUAGAAACAUACCCCCUUAAUGUAUUUGAAUUUGAAUUUCUUUUUUUUUUUUUGCUCACAUUUUGUGUUUUCCUUGAUUCAAAUAUAAUAUUGAUCAGUAUAUGAGCUGCAAGAUUCAUUUCAUCGUGGUGGAACCAUAAAUGACAUUACUGAGCAUAUCAGUAGUUUAAAUGCAAACUUGCACAGCUAUGACACACCAACUCAACUGGUUGUUGACAAGUACAUGAAGGAGCAUGGCUUGGAAGUGGAACCAGAUGAGGAGGAAUUUGGCUUUGGAAAACUUCUUAUUGACUACAAAAUUCCCAAGAAUUCAACAUCAAAAAUAAGUAACAAAGGUACUGAGUUAUUUGUUAUAACAAACAUGAAUUUGAGCCUACAUAUCAGGAGUCGCUGAGGACUUUUUAGAGGGAGGUUCAAUUUGGCUGCAUCCUGGUAAACUCAAUUUGAAGGACACCUGUCUGCUAUAUUAGGGAGGUUGCUCGGAAUGGUAUUCAGUGUCUCUGCACAGUUAAGUAACUAACAGAUGAACUAACAAGACCAUCGUUGUAUUUCAGCCAUCAACAUGAUCUUGAAAAGUUAAAACCCAAGAUUACAUUAUGAUCACAAUCUGCAAUCACAUCUCUGAAUUAUUUUAGAAGACUGUAAUCUUCCUAAAGGAAUGAAUAGAAAAGAACAGCAUAGCAUAAAGUAUAUGUCAGGGACAUGAAUAGAUAAAUGACAUCUACUCCUUCUGGAAUAAUGUAUUUAGAUGGUGAGGAUCAUGCCUAAUACAUUUCAGCAAUGGAAAGUAAAACUAAAUGAAAUGCUUAUCUGCCCCAACACUUUCAACAUUAAGUUUGCUUCUCCCUCAUAACUUGUCUAUUUUAGAAGUUGAAGCUAAGGAAGUUUCCAAGUUUGCUGGAGUUUAUUCUGUGAGAUCUGGUGAGUUGAAUUAAAUAUUUUAUCUCAUAUUAUUAAAUAUUUAGUGAGAGCAUAAUGAGUUGGACUUCUUGAUUCUAACUUUCAUCCAAAUCAAACGACUACAUAUAAAUCUAUCAUGAGGUUCCAAAAUAGACUUUUCCAAUCUCACAUUCUGCGACUACUGUUUCAUUAUAUUCCACAAUCCCACUGCAAUUAACAUUUUCAUCCCAAUCCUGCCUUGUUAAACCCAAGUUGCUCUAGAUCACUGCCUUAUUUAAACUGAUGCCGGGCAAAAUUAUAGCCUUUACACUUACUAAUAAUGAACUCUCAUUAUGGAUUUGCUGAAGGCAUAUUUAGCACGCUUAAAAAAAUGGUUGUUCCCUGAUGUGUUUAUAGUUUUAAUAUCGAGACACAAAAACUCCACCAGUGGAAGGACCCACAGAAAAGUUCUCCUGUUUCAUAAAUAAAAUUCUUUAGCCAACCCCACAACGAAAGAAGUCAAAUCCCAAAGAUGCAACAGACUUCAUCAACUUUGUUGGAAAAAUGAAAGAAGUCAGAUACUCAUCUAAAUGGGUGUCACAAGCUUACUGGUAUACAUAAAUAGAGCACAAACCAAGAGCAUAAACAAGGUGUACACAGUGUCCAAAAGAAAGCACUUCGACUGAUUUUCCAGGAAAACUCAUUCCAAUUCAAGAAACAAAAUUACUUGCUAAUGCACAGAACCUCCAUUGGCACCUAAAUUGUAAGAAUUGUAAAGGGUACACAAAAAAUCAAAUCUUUCUCUUUUUAAUACCAUCCAACAGUUCUUAAUAUUAAAUAAAUCCUUAUGAGCAAGAGGCAUUUAAUACAGCAACAACCAUUGCUAAGAGAAAUCUUCAGAGAACCAUUCAUAAUAUCAUACAGAAAGGGGUGUUCAUUCAAAGAUACACUCAUGAUAGAAAAUUAAUCUAGGGGAGAAAACCAGAUAUACUAUGGAGCCAUGUGGGCCCAUUAACACUUGUAACAAAUACAGAGAAAACUGGAGGCACAACGGAAUUAUUUAGGCCAGCUGUCAACCCCAAUUUACACUGGAGCAUUUAUUGUACAGUUUUUUAUAAAGCAAAUAUUAAGUACUUUUUUAUGUCUCUGUGGUUGAGUGACUCAUAACCUGAGCAAAAUUAUGAUCUUGCAUAUCCAGGUACCAUCCCCUAUCCUGCCUUCGAAAUGAAGCAUAUCCUGUUCUUACCUUCCUUUUUAUCAUUGCACAUCUUGCCUUUAAAAUUUCUAGUAUCCCACAUCCUGCCUUAGAUUUAAGCCUCAUUCCACAUUCUGCCAAACCUGAUGUUGGAUCCCCUAUUAUAGCCAUUAAGAUUAGUCAAUAGGAUGAUGUGCUUUGCAAAAUUUUGCAUCCAAAGCUCAUAGUAGUACUGUUAAAUUUACAAACACUGUAUCUUGAUUGCAGUUCUGCAAGCAACAUCUCAGAAUCCAUUGACGACUAGUAAUUCACAGCAGUCGCAUUUAUUGUCAUGGAAAAAGUCUGCCAGGAAGGUACAUUGAAGUAUAUUGGAUCCUAUAGUAACCAGUAAAUGAUAUAUACUAAACAGCCAUUUAGUAAUUGCCAACAGAGCUACUCUUGUAUAGAAACAUCCUUCAGUCUUUAAAAUUGAUUUGCUACUUAAGUUUAAUGGUGAAAAAAUUGUUCCCUUUCUAGAAAACUGAGAAGAGUUCAACCAUGAAACCAAUGCUUGUAGAGGUACAAACACUAAAAAAAAAUGUAUUAUUUUAUGUCUUAUUAAUAUAGCGAUAAAUUCAUAAAAUUGACCAAUGACUACAUGCUUCUGUCACACUAUGAAUCUGAUCUUGGAAUCUUUUAAGUCAUUAAUUUAAAUUACAAUGUCCCCUUUUUGUGUUACUUGUCAUUUUGGAGUCUAAAGCAUUUUGCUGUUUGUUGUCAAUCUUGGAUUUGGAGCUAUAGGGACACUUCUGUUUGUGUCACUGCCAACAAGUUUUCAUGAUAAUCUGCACAACAAGAAGGGAAGAAAUUAUGCCCCUGAUAGAAAUCUGUUUUGACAACCUGGCAAAGAACAUUCACCCUGACCAGGUCUUAGUCACAGUAAAACCAUGUGAUUACAGUUCAGCAUAGUACCAUUUCUCUCACUAAUAUAUAUUUUUUUCUUUAUUUCUAGAAGUAAAAAAGUAAUCAUUGAAUAUACAAAUUUUUCUCCUAACAUUGCUGUAUUAUUACAUUUGGUAUUAAAUCAACCAUCAAUGUCUAAUAGUUGAUAAUGUUUAUUCAUCUCAUUGCCUUUCUGCUUGGCAAUGUCUAGAGACAGUGUGGAGAAAUCUUUUUUUUGUUCACUUCUAAGAGCUAAAGUAUUAAGGCUUAAUUUAUCUACUUUGAUCCUUUUUUCAGUUGCAUGUAUACCCAGGCUAUGAACCAGAUGAAGUAACUCCCCUUCCACCACCAUUCCUUGCCAAAGAAAUCAUGUUAACUGUCAUUGAUGCUCAGAGGGAUUUUAGAAAGAAGGUAAGAGAGUUGUACUGUUUUCUUCAGUGAGAAACAAAUUCUUCUACAGUUGCAACUGUAUCACAAAAGUUUUUUGGGGAAGGGAAAUUUGGAGAGAUGUUGAAAGUAGAUAUUAAGCUGAUGGCAGAAAUAAUUACAAAAGAUGGUGUGAGGAGCAAUCUCAAAUUAAAAAUUUUAUAAUUUGGGUGAAAAUAAUGAUUCAUAGUCUUUUCCCUGCUUCUUUGGUCAAGGUAAGUCAGUGUGAAGUGUAUGCUACAUCUGCUUGCAUGGGAUUGGAGACAGGAGACAUAAAACACUUAGGACUAUUGAGUUAGCAUUAGAUCCAAGCUUACACUUGCAUGUGCUUAGUGCAUGUGUGAUUAACUUAAUGCUGUAUAACUUUUGACUGAGUGUAGAUCUAUAUGUAUACUGAUUGGGAUUUAUUUCUCAGUUGUCCAACGUACAUUUGUACACCUCUAAUUUUCUAGCCUUCCUUUAAACGUGAAUUCCAAGCCUUUGUGUUUUCCAAGACAUCUGAGGACAUUCUGCAGGUCAGUUAAAGACUCCACUCUCUGCAUGAGAUAAAAUUCUUUUCUACACCUGUACCAUUAUUAUAGAAUCCUUAAAAUUAGACAAUUGUUGCUGGGGCCAAAACAACUCAAUUUACAUUUACAGGUGAACAUAUGUCAUCAGAUAAUUUUUUUGAACUCAAGUCAUCUCUAACUAUUUCUCUAUUCUUACUCAGGACUUGUUUUGGUGGUACUUUUUAGAAAAAUAUCAGGUGAGUGCCACAGUUUCAUUGUGCUGUAGUUAAAGAGGAAGUGCACAUAUUUAGAAAUAUAUAUAUAAUUAACCAGCAAGCCUUUGGCAGAAAAUGCUCCAGUAGAUUACAGGAUUAUUACUUCCAGUGCCAUAGUUUGGCUGUAAUGUGAAUUAAUCUCUUCUUUUUGACAGCCCAACAAGAACAUCCAGGAAAUGUUGUUUAAUCGCAUUGCUCACAACUAUGUCAAGAUGUUGUUUACAGCCCCAGUGACACAAUACAGGGAUAAAUUUCUUAAGGUACAAAUUGUGUGUUAAUGCACAGCAUGAGCAGGUGCAACUACCUUAGCUUUUUGUCAGAGCUCAUAGUCUAUGAAUAAGUAGAGAGAAAAAUUGUGGAGUUCUAGGCAUGGUAUACCAUAGUCCCAGUCAGUGGAGAAGAGUGAAGAGUGAGGAGUGAAAAAUGGUGAGGUUCUAGGAGAAAUGUCAAGGAGGAGAGCUAGUCCUCCCAUUGCCCUCCAUGGCCCUGGCCCCCCACACUUUGAUGUCAUUUGUGAUAAAUUACAGAACAGAUGCCCUGCAACAUGGAACCUAUUUGUUUUUCUUUUCUUUUUUUUUUUCUUUAAUUCCAGAGGUACCCUGACAUCAUGGCUCAAGCUGUGUACUGCACAUUUUGCACAGCAUUCCCAACAUCUUACAAGCAGUUUGGAGAUGAAUUCAAAGAAAAUCUGGUGCAGUUGAUCCAUGAGUGGAUUGCUGGUUGGUUUUUUUAAAAAUUUGUUUGAUGAGCCGUGCAUGUAGACGUACUUGUGUUGUAUGCAUAAUGCUGAUGAUGUACUGCAAUUGAAAUAGUUUUUUUUAAGUGGCCAAUCUAAAGUAAAAAGGUACAUUGUACCUACAUAAUAAUAAUGACAAUGACAAUUAUGAUGAUGAUAAUGAUGAUGAUGACAAGAAUGAUAAUUAUGUGCCAGUAGUUACAUAUGAUAAUUUAAGAAUUAUUGUUUUAUCAUGCAUACUGUAAGGCUAUUGUCUCAGGUACGUGUGUAACAUGAUAACAAAAUCAGUGUAGAAAGAUUUCUGUAUAACCCCACACCGUUCUAAAACAAAGCUGUUGUCCAAAGGCAAUCAAUUGUUUUUGCCAUUGUUUUCUUUAUCCAUGCAAGAACUGUAUGUAUAGUGAAGUAUGGGGCUGUGCAGGAAUCUUUCCGAAACAACCAUAAUUACCUUUGAAUUCUCAAUGUAACUUUCAGUUUGUGUCUGUAUCUCUGUGUCCUCUUUGAACUUCAAGUCACGCAGUGUUUAAAUAACAAAUCUGCAUCUUGUCCAUUUAGGAACCAAACCUGUGCCAAGACUUUGGGCCAAGUGGAAUUUCAAAGCUUUGGAACCUAAAGAUAUGAGGAAAGAUGAGCAGAUCAAACAGGAUGCCUCCAAAGGUACAGAGUAGGCGAAUUGAGUUGUGAAGGCAUCUUACAUCAAAAGCGUUACUCUAACUUCACGUAACGGUUCCUGCCUGUGAAAACAAAGAUCAUGUGACUAACCCGAAGCGAUCGCAAAGGACUUUGGGUUGGGCCUGGGAAGGUGGAAGGGGUGGGGGUGUUUGGGGUUAGGGUACAACCCAAGACUUGAACCCUAAGACCUGAAGGAAGAGUUCUUGCAUUUCGCCACAUAAGUAGAUAACAAAAGUGUUAACCUUACGACAUUUACUUUAGAUCAAAUUUGGCCAGGUUUAGUGAGUUUAGAGAGGAUGUUAAGGAAAAAUUAUGAGCAGAUCUUAGGGGUCGAUUGUUAAGAGCGAAAGAUUGAUUGACAUAUGCAUUUAGUUGUUUCGUUUUGUUUUUAUCAUGAAGAUCAGCAACACUAAAACACGGAAAUCCGUGUAAGUUACGUUUUAAGGAAAGAACUAAACGUCGUUUUUCCUCGUCAGGUUCUUUGGUUUCGCUCCCAGUGGACCUCAGUGAAGAGAAUUUAACAAAACAGAGUAGCUUGUCUUUUGUCAAGAAGUCCUUACCUUACAUUCUUGUGGAUGAGAAACCACCAGUCCAAAGUAGCUUCACAGGGCUGCCGGGCCGUGACAUUAGGAGAAAGUCCGUUGCGGCGAGAAAAUCGUCACAAAACUUUAGUGUGACCAAUAGUGAGGAGUUGCGUGACUCCAUCAGUCAUUUGGCUCCGCCUCACGCAAACGAGGAUAGGGGAUCUGCGACGCCUCAAACUUUGAGUCGCCUUCAGGCAAAAGUAUCUUCUUACUCGGCAUUUGCUAGUGUGCAUAAAUUGAAUCGCGCAGAUAAACGAAGAGAGGUAAGUUUCCUUCAAGAUCUCGUUCGCUCUUUUGCUUGAUUGUUUUUACAGUGUGUACGUUUUAUCUUACUGGGCCUCUCACUUCACCAGUCAGCACGUUCGUUCAUUCUGUAGAGUCUUGAAUACGAUGAUGGUUCAGUUGGAGACUCUUCUACAAACGAUCUUUUCUUUUGCCCGAUUUAAAACUAAGAAUGAUAACGAAACCACGGAGCUAUGAACGGAAUAAGUCUUUCACUAAUUUGUGGUUCGCACGUUAACCAUUAAGAUGUCGAUUCCAAAUUUAUUGUAUACACUAACGACAGUAAAUACAACCUUUGGGCGUGUAAAAUAUUCUUUUUAACCCUUUACACCCUAACAUCAGUAUGCAUAUUCUCCAUACUGUUCUCUAAGGUGCUGACAAGGAGAAUUUGUCGAACAAUCAAGAGGUUCUUUAGUUGGUGAUCAGUUCCUUUAUUCUCCUGACCGUAAUAUUUCAUUCAGGGGUGAUAUGGUGAGGAGAAAUUAGAUGCCAGUCACUCUUAGGGGCUAAAGGGUUAAAGAAACCUGAUCAAACGGUUUAUGAUGAACCAUGCUAUGCGAUAACACUAUAUCACGUCAUAUGUAGCAUUCUAAAAAGAUGCUGAGCAAAGAGAAACGUAGUUAUUACAUCGAACUUUCAUAUGUUUGUCCUUUCAUUUCGGUGCUCGAACGGUUGGCAUUUGUUAUUGUAUCCUUUCAAUCGCUCGUUUGUUCGUAAAAUCUCGUUGAAUUUGCUCGUACGAUGUAAUCUUGGGAGGUGAUCGAAAUUACAAAAUGUUGAAUAGUUUAUGGUAUGUUAAAGUCACACAAUCCACACAAAAGCCUCAAUUGUGGUGACACAAAAGUAUCUUUUUUCUCCUGAAAAAAGAUACUUUUGUCUCUUUGUUUUUCUAUUCGGAAAUCCCUAAGCCUUCUUGGUAGCAACGUAAUGCUGAUAAGACCUAAUAUGGGUAAAACAGCUGAUCAAGGCUAUUGGCUAUAUAGCUUACUUUAUUUUCCCGGUAUCAUUUUUCUGAAUUUCCUGCUUGAACUGUCCCCUCCAUAUUUUUUUCCAGUCCUGUCCAAUCGGUAGAGGCCCAGAGUUCUCUCGUUGUGUGUUCGAUGUUUAUGGUCACAGCCCGCUUGUGGAACAGUUUCUUCGGAUGCAGAAGUUAGCAAAAGAUUCAGGAACUUCGGUGUUGAUUCAGAGAACUGAAAUCAAGUCACUGCCACCAUAUCCUUCACAACAAGGCUAAAGAGCAUAAUUAGGGCAGACUAAGUUAGGCCACGUUCAAGGUUAAGAAUGACUAAAGAUUUUGGGCGAUUCGACUUAGGCUAGGAUAAGUCUGCUUUAAUUUUGGAGUUUACAAUUAGCUCAAAUGACAUAUGUUUCAAGAAGAAAAAAUUAUAAAACUCGAGACUGUUAGAAAUGAUGUUGUAACAAUUUUUAAGUUACGUUUGGCGCAGAGAGAAAAAAGGGAAUGUAAAGAAAAGGCUAGCUUGCGAGCAGGCCCUCAUUGUUAGUACUGUAGGACGCACUUUUCUCUGCCCACUGGCUGAUUUAAGACGAGUCGAGGAGAAGUUUGUGGGGCACUAAUGACUUAUGCUAGUCUCCUUGCAGACUUCUCACCGGCUGGCGUUGCUUAAUCCCCCAUACUUCCAUGCGGGCGAGGGAACGCUCGUGUCGAAAAUUAGGGUUGCUCGCAAGCUAAGUAAAAUUAUUUCAGAUUCCAAUUGUUCCCAAUUAAAGAUUAAAAAGAACUUCAUCGAAGAUGUAAAGUUCUUCGAAUGCUCAAGUUGGAUUAGAACCGGAACCGUUGGAUUCUAUUCCAGUUUUCUUGGUCGAGAUAAACUUUUUUGUUCUUCCAUUGUAAAUUCCUCUUCAGCUCUCCUUAACCGUGUUUACAUUAUCCGCCCCAACUUACAGAGAGGUGAUCAGAAAGUCUCUCAAGAUCUCACAAGCUUUAACAAGUGAUUUUAAAAAGUGAGUAUAUUUGAUUCGUUUUCGAUUCUUUAUCGAGUUGAAUUUUUUCAGCCUUGCGUAGUAGUGUCUCCAUUUAAGAGGACGCAAUGGAUUUAGAACGGACCGCGCGAGUGAAAAGUCAUGCAGAGUUACUUGCGUUACUUGCAACCAAGUGUAUUAUAUUUUGAGCGGCAAGGGAAUACUGAAGCAAGAGUCUUACUUGCCUAACAUUUUCUCUUUGUUAUAUUAGUGUCGAUAUGCUAAUCUUGCGCGUGUUAUCAAACUCCUCUUUUGUACGGUUUAAACGUUUUCUUUUUUCCAAUAACCCGCCUUUAACUUCAUCUGAAAUAUUUUAAACGAAAAUAAGAGAAACUUGCUGGAACAGAAUUAUUUCUUGAAUUUCCCGCGUACAAAUACGAUUCUCUCCGAUCGUUAUCAAAGUUUUUAAAAGUUAGUUGUGAAGUACAUAACCUUUUUUUCCAUUUCUUUCUUCUUUUUUAGACUGGACGAAGAGAAUUCUCAUCAACGAACUUUAUUUGCUCGUAAACAGAAAGAAGCCAAUAGAGACUUUACCAGGUAUCGAUUAAAAUUAAUUUAUCGUGUAUCCGUCACGUUUGAUGACUCGAGAGAAAGAGGAUGGAGAACUUUUCAAUUGAGUAUAGAAAGUAAUCCCAGAUUGCUAUAGGUUUGCUUACUUCGCUCUCUGAUUAGUCUAGAAAACUCAAGUCACCCUCUCAACCAAUCAGAUGCAAAACUAAAAGUAACUACCCCCUUAACGUGUUUUCCCGCGCUUUAGGCAGUUUGCUUUUUUUUAUUUUGAGUUGUCAUUGGCUCUUAAGAACAUUUUCCUUUUUUUCUAAUUGGUCGUAGUAAUUACUUUGGUUUUGAUUUUACAACAUUCAAUCGAGAAGCAAUAUUUGUACUCUUCUUAGUAUAUUAUGGAAUACCCACUAUGAAAAUAAUGAAUACUGGGUCCCUUAUAUAUGCGUUAUUGACCAAGCGAGGGGUCAAGAUGGUUGGAUAUUGGCCGAGUUCUUUCUUUGCGUUCUUAUGGACCGAGAGGAAGUCGAGGCCUAUAAAAACAAACAAACAAAAAACAGAAUGAAGCUAACAUAUAAUCAUCUUGACCAAUCAAGCUUUGUCGAUAUUUAUUUAUUAUACAGCGAAAAGGUCAUCGCUUUAUCAAGAAUCAAGACUUGUUUAUUUCAAGAGAUGGAAAAGUUAUCCAGCUGUUUUAGUAGCAAAAUAAACCCACGGGAGCCGUUAAUGUUUUGUUUGUUUUGGCUGUCCUCUGCCGCUUUUUGCGACUCUAUCGUCGGCAUUGUCCAAAAUUUAUAAACUUAGCGUGACCGCUCUGAGCAAUUAUUUUUUCUUGAGCAGGAUCAAAGCGGGCAAGAUGGGCCCAUCUUGCCGGCUUGCGUAGCCAAUCAGAACACAGGAUUCGCUUCAUAUUGCCCGUGGGCACAGCCAGCGAUGUAAUAAAUAGGUGUACUGUACGUAUAGGCGUGUGCUUUCCUCUUAUAUCUUCAGCUCGGAACCUGUAUACCAUAGUAGUUCUUAUUUAAGCUCUCCAAUCGCCACCAAACCUUAGAAGAAUAACGCAAGUCCUGUUCACCUUUUACGUGUUGGUAGCUGAUACUGAUUAGUAUAGGUAAUAACUUAAUUUCGAGUGUAAUUUGGUAUUGAUGAGCACGAUUAAAUUUUUCGAAGACGACAAAAUUGCCCAAGCCCAUAGAGUAAGAGCAAUUUGGGGUCUUUGAAAUUUACAAGUGCUUGUUACACCAAAUUGGUAAUGAAAUUAUAGCUAUUACUUGUUAAUGAUUUCCAUGAUCAACAUCACAGAAAGUCAAGACAGACCAAAUUUUGAAAGCGCGCGCACGCGCUAUUUGUAAUUUGCCCUCGUGUUACAUGAGAAUGAAAUCGUUUUCAGCUAACCAGAAGCACGUGAUUUUAAAAUGCACAUUAUUAGGUUCGAAACCUCUAUGCAUUUUCUCCAUUAGUUGAUUUUAUGUUCAUCAUUUAAUCAUCUUAUCAGACGCGAAGGAGAGUUAUUGGCACGUCAGAAGGAUGUGAAGAAGAUAAGCGAGCUGAUAUAUUUAGAACUCACGGUAAGUCACAUCGAGGUAGAGAGAGUAAGUAAGCUAAGUAAGCGGCAACCGGAUGCCUUUUUUCACUUGCCGGAAGUAUCAAUUUCUUCAUCCAUGAUUGGAAAGUGACAAUUUCUCAAUGCCAAAACAAAUGCUUGGACUCUAAAGGACCAAAAAAGCUUUCGGUCAUACAGGAAUUUCUGGAGCUACACAACACAUGUAUUCGAAUUCGGGGACGGCGAAGGUUACUUUCAACCGUGAGGACUUGAACACGAACACGAACGAACGCUUGGGCGCGAGUUCGUGAGGGGGUCUCGGGCCUUCCUCCUCUAGAAAUGUUUUUAAAUCGUGAUCUCGGAGUACAAUGUGUGGUGAACCGGACUUUUUCCGUUUUCGUUUUCUUUCUCUUUACUCUUGGUACGUACCUUAUACUAAAACAAAACAAACUACUAUCCUCACAAAAUUGAAGUCCACCAGUUCCGCCGUUCCUGAUUCAACUUUGUUCGAAAUUCUAAAUUUAAAAACGGCCGCCGCACAAUAGCAAAGCCACAUUAUACUUUCUUACUUUUUUUUUUGGCUAUAGUUUGACAAAAGAUGCAUCAUAAAAGAUGUUGUAAAGAGAGAUAUUUGAUUUUGUUACAAUUUAGAAAGACGGAGAUGAACAAAGCAGUGGAAAAGUCGCCGCAGCCGUUGCUUCGGCCAUGGGGUAUGGAACUGAGAGCGAAACCAAUUAAACGCGUUUGGGUAUAGCUGGUUUCCAAAGCAAUUCAAGUUUGUUCUCUGUUACUCUUGAGGAGUAUCAUGCGAAGUACUGAGGUACUAGCAGAGACGUGGCUUUCGUGUUGUAAUUUUAUCCCGCGUAAUUCUAAAAUGCUUCUAUUUAUUUUGAUAAUAUUUUUACAUAUGGCUGAUUCAAAAUUCUUAUUUUUGUAUUUUAUGACAGUCUAAUUUAUUAAAUUGUGGGUUUACGCUUUGAGCAACUUUCUGUUAUAAAAAUGUUCAACAAU